AGAAAAUAUUGAUAAACGAAUUCAUUUGCUCUUCUCAGCUCCUCCGAUCACUGUCACCCAGCUUCGCUUGUUCACCCCACCUUCAACAGUUGAAAGUUGGGAGAUACGAGGGCCCAUUCAUUCCCCGAACCCUCAUUUCCCUAGAGCUCAACCAGAACAGCCCAACAUGACUACACUGCAAGAGUCGGAUCAAAGUCCGCUACCCGCACAGCAGGAUGAGACACAGAAUUCCUCGUCGGCGUCGUCCAAUAGGGACACCAAGGAGGAAACCUCACCCACUGUAGAGUUCAAACCCUCGAUGCAGUUUAUUAUGGCGUUUGCCGCUUUGGCAGUUCUGACGCUCAUGGUUGCGCUGGAUGGGACCUCCAUCUCAGUGGCUCUGCCCAUCAUCGCUCGAAAAUUACAGGGUUCUGCGAUCGAGGCGUUCUGGGCCGGCACAUCCUUCCUGUUGGCCUCGACAGUUUUCCAGCCUAACAUUGCAUCAUUCAGCCACAUCUUCGGAAGAAUGCCCGUCGUCAUGGUCAGCCUGGUCUUCUUCUUCAUCGGUGUCAUGAUGGCCGCUCUGGCAAACAACUUCACCAUUCUCCUGACUGGUCGCUCCCUGCAAGGUAUCGGAGGCGGAGGCAUCAUGGUCAUGACCGAGAUCGUCAUCACCGAUCUAGUCCCACUUCGCUAUCGAGGGCAGUGGGCGGGUAUCAUUGCAGGAAUGUGGGCGCUUGGUUCAGUGUCUGGGCCCAUCAUAGGCGGCGCCUUCGCCGGUGUUCAAUGGCGUUGGAUAUUCUGGAUCAAUCUGCCGUUCAUAGGCAUCGGCGGCAUCAUGAUACCCCUCUUUCUGCGUCUCAACGUCAUUCCACAGAGUAUUGCAGCCAAGCUCAGGAGAGUAGAUUGGCUUGGUACAGUCAUCUUUGUGGGCUCCAUGACCAGCUUCCUCAUCCCUCUGACUUGGGGAGGAAUCAUGUAUCCGUGGUCCAGUUGGCGUACCCUGGUACCUCUUCUCAUCGGCGUGGUUGGUCUUGUGGUUUUCUGCUUCUACGAAAAACAUCUCGCUGUCGAGCCAUUGCUCAGACUGUCUGUCUUCGCCAACAGGACUACCAAUCUGGCGUAUUUCGCCACCGCCAUGCAUGGCCUGAUACUUUGGUGUCUCCUGUAUUACCAACCUCUUUAUUUUGAAGCUGUUAAAGGAUACAGGCCAGUAAUUGCCGGCGUGGCACUCUUCCCUUCCACCUUUACCGUCGCCCCCAUGUCUGUGGUGACGGGCAUCCUGAUCACCAAGACUGGACGUUACCGCUGGGCCAUCUGGUUGGGUUGGGCUCUCACCACUUUAGGUCUGGGUCUCUUGGUGAUCCUCGACGUCGACACGAAGAUUCAACAAUGGAUUUUCAUUUGCCUGGUCGGUGGGAUCGGCAUGGGGAUCUUGUUCCCUGCUUUGCAGUUCCAGCUUCAAGCUGCCUCGACCAAUAAGGAUAUGGCCUUCGCAGUCGCCUUGUUUGUUUUCUUCAGGUGCUUUGGCCAAGCAUUGGGUGUGGCCAUCGGAGGGGUCAUUUUCCAAAACGAGAUGGCCAGCAAUCUGAGAGCUUAUCCUAUAUGGGCGGACCAAGCAAACGAGCUGGCGCGAGAUGCCGCCGCUCUGGUUGAGGUGAUUCAGCAUACUUCCAUGGCCGACGGCAAAUUUGAGCUGCAGCAGGCCUACACCGAUAGUUUGAGGACUGUCUACAUUGUCCUCACUGCCGUCGCUGGCGUUAGCACUAUCUCCAGCUUGUUCAUCAAGCGGUAUAGUUUGAAUGUGGCCCUGGAGACCGAGCAGGGAUUGCUCGUCAAAAACCCGAAAACCAAUGGCGGGGAGGCAGAGAAGGCGGAGGCCCAGAGCGUCAAGAUUGGGGUCUGAUGGGCACAUUUGUAUUCGUUUGAUGAAUUGUAAUGACGCAAACAUCUCCCUAGAUUCUGAUUCGGCGUUUGAUCAGGGCGGGCACUGUGGCGCAAUGUAAUUUAGAACAUGGCAUAGUGGAAUGGGGUUCUUUAGAGUUGGACCUGCAUCUCGAAUGAGUAGCCAAAUCGCAUCUCCCCAGCACUAUAUCGAGCAUAUGUGAUCCUGCUGAGAUUGUUGAUGCAAAACCUAACUAAAUCGGUU